GACACACACAGUGCUUUGUUGUGCGUCUCUCUCUCUCCUGACGAUUUGCAGACUCUCAAAUUCUGCAUUCAAUCUCUAAUGAUGUAUCAAUCAAACGAAGACGACGACGAUCUUCUCGCUUCCCUUUGCUUCGAUCAAAGCAACGGAGGAGAAGAUCCUUACGGGUUUAUACAGACAGAUCAGGAAACCCUCUUUCCUGAGUUUGAUGUGAAUUUGCUUCCAGAGGAAGAACAAGUAUGUAACAUUGGAGAUCAGUUUGAUGCCUUUAGUGGAAACCUUGAUAGCAACGGUUUAGGACCUUUUGGUGGAUCAUCACAACUUGAUUUGGGGACACAUCAAGUGUGUAGCUUUAGAGGGACAGCGACUCAUGUACAGCAGGGACAAGCGUGUUGCCCCGUGGUGGAGAUUAAUUCUUCAUCAUCUGUUGAAAUUGUUAAGGAAGAAUUUGAGGAAGAAUGCUCAAGAAAAAGGGGACGAACUGGACCAUGUAGGAAGCCAGGAACCAAAGCCUGUCGUGAGAAAAAAAGAAGGGAGUUGCUAAACGACAAGUUCAUGGAUUUGAGCUCUGUGUUGGAGCCUACAAGGACUCCAAAGACUGAUAAACCAGCAAUUCUCGACGAUGCAAUCAGGGUAGUGAAUCAGCUCAGAGGUGAAGCUCAUGAGCUUAAAGAAACCAACCAGAAGCUUCUAGAAGAGAUCAAGAGUCUCAAGGCGGAGAAGAAUGAGCUAAGGGAAGAGAAGAUGGUGUUGAAGUCAGAUAAAGAGAAGAUGGAGCAACAGAUGAGAUCAAUGGCGGCGGUUCCAUCUCCUGGUUUCAUGCCCUCUCAUCCAACAGGUUUCCAUCAGAAUAAAAUGGCGGUUUACGGAAGUUAUGGUUACUAUCCAAACAUGCCAAUGAUGCCAUACCUACUACCUCCUUCGCAGCGUGAUACUUCUCAAGAUCAGAACAAUUGCUCUAAAGCUGCUUAAGCUUCCUUUCACAAUCACUUUGGAGUUUUGUUUCCUUCAGAUGAUUCUUUGUUAUUAUACUUUUGCAGUUACCUAUUUUUUUGAAUAAAAAUGUGUGAGAAACUUGUGAAUU